ACAACCAACUCCACCAAACUUUGAAUUCCUGGCCUUUCGUAGAAAGUUGGGGCUUCUUUCUUUCUCUGAAAUUUGUUCUACGCAACAAACUUAAAUUCUUUGAGCCAAUCAACUAAGAUGACGAUUUCGGAUUCUUCAGAUGCCUCUGAGAAUCAAGUAUCUCUCUGCUGUUCAAGAAAAAAGAAAAAGAAUCAAGUAUCUCUCGCCCCCAUUGUAACUGGUGACAUGGAAUCUUCUUCAGUGGAUUGGGAAUGGCUUCCCAAGAACAUUCUCGAUUUAGUUCUGGAUAAAUUACCGCAUCUCAUUGACUAUAUCUACUUUGGUGCUGCAUGCAAGGAGUGGCACUCUGUUGCAGAAGACAAUAGAAAGCGAAGACACAUCAUCAAUGCAUCUCAUCCUCGUCAACUCCCUUUGCUCUUGGUUCCUAUCAAAGAUAAGGAUGAGCGACUUAUAUAUAAUGUCACUCAAGACAGAGUCAGCAACAUGAGAUUAAGAGUGCCUUUUAAUAAAAGGUAUUACGGCUCCUCAUAUGGAUGGUUAAUUGACAUGGACGAGACGUUUACUAUAAUUCUACUAAAUCCUUUCUCGAACAAAGUCAUCAAACUACCUCCGAUUAUAAAAGGAGAGGAAUCUACCACUCUCCACGAGCAUUUUAUUUUGAAAGCAAUUUUAACAAACGAUCCAGAUUUAUAUCCAAAUGAUUUUAUGGUAGCAAUCAUAUACAAUGGCCAGCGUUAUUUGGCAGUCUAUCAAUCAAGUGUACGGUCUUGGACGUACAUGGAUGACCAUCCAAAUGGAAUGGGUUACUAUGAUAUUAUUCAUCACAAAGGAGAUUUUUACGCCAUUAAUGGUGGAUUGGGUGUUGGAAGGAUUGAUGUUGCUAGUAUUGAGAAAUGCUCAAGGCCUCAAGUGAGUUUGGUUGCACCAGAGGCACCAUCAGUACUAAUACAACGUGUUCGUAGAUUUAAUUUGGUGGGUACAUCUGAGGGAAAGUUAUUAUUAGUUCAAGGAGUUUAUAGCAGAGUUUACCCUGAUCGUGUGUAUGGGGAAUGGGAAGACGUGCCAAUAUUCACCAGCAGGUUUGUAAUCCACAAGUUAGAAGAAUCAAAGGAGCUAGUUGAGAUCAGGGAUAUAGGAGAUAAUGCCAUGUUUUUAGGCGAUAAUAAUUCUUUCUUACUCCCAAUUCAUGGUAUUCCUGGAUUACAACGCAAUUGCAUAUACUACACAAACAAUGAAUAUGAUCCUUAUUUUCCUACUGAUACUGGAAUAUACAACUUAACUGAUGGAAGCAUUCAGCCUCACCAUGUUCCUGAAGACACUAAGGAAUUGCCACCUAUGCUUUGGAUCACACCGGGACUAUCAAGAGAUUUGCUUUGAUCGAGCAGGAGUACGUAAUAGUUCUACACUAGUUGAUUUUUUUCUUUUGGUUUUUAGAUGACAAUUUAUUGAAGGGCGAAUAUCAUGUGGGUGUUUUACCUUUCCAACAUUUCGUCCAUUAUAUAAAUAUUUCCAUUUUUU